GGCAUGGUGAAGAACGACGUCGUCUUGAGAGGAGAAGGAGAUAUAAGGGAGAGGAAUCUGGAAACUCCCGCCAAAAAGCGCGAGAGAAUGGGAAAGGGUGAAAGCAGCAACACGAAGGCCACAAUCAUCUCGGCAUCCUCCUUCCUCAGAUCUGUGACUUUGCACGACUGGUGGCUGCUUAAGACAAACGCCAACCGCUUGGCCGUUGGAGGCUUCGCUACUCGAGAGAGACAAGGAAUAAGAGUUUUCAGCUCUGGAGCAAUUGCCAAGAGGCAUGAUGCCACCACUCUUGAAACUGCAGAUGGCAUAACUAUUACCAUUGUUGGCUUCUUAAACAAGUCUCGCACACAUCAAAAUGGCUUUCCAUCUGAGGUUUGCAAACAUUUCCUGUUUGGAUUUCCAUAUCACUGGGAGGAGUAUGCGGUUCAAUGUUUUGUUGGAGAAUCUACCAAAAGUGGUGUUUCAAAAAAACCUUCUGGUUGUGAAGAGUUCAACUUGCCUUCAACCAAUAGUGAAAAUAAUCUACUGCCUGCAUCUUUGGAUGAGCUCCCAGUGACUAGGGUUCGUGAUCUUUUAAUGUCCACUCUUGGAGAUUCUAAAACACUAACAAAUAGUAUUUUUAGUGAUAUAGUGGGAAGAGUAUCUAACCUUUCAAACAUGAAAGGUAAUAGCCCAACCACUGUGGAUACUGAAUUGGAUAGAACUCCAAGGAAUCAUAAAAAGGCCGAGGUUGAGAAGUUCGAAGAUGACAACAGCAUCUUGGAUGUGUCAGAUAUGAGAACCGAAGAAUGUAAGAAAAAUAUUUGUCAAUCUAGCGGGGUUAUGAAUGACUCUACCCCAAGUAGACAUGUUUCGACUAGAACCAUGACAAGGUUGAAGAAUUUAAAAAGCCAGCUGGAAUGGAAUCUUUCAUCAAGCACUUCCAAGAAGCAAAAGACUCGGGAGAAUUCUGAAAAACGCCUGUUGACAAAUAGUAUUUGUAAUGAUGUACUGAGAAAAUCCAGUGGUAAUGAUUUCAAACAUGCUAGAAAAGACAUGAAAACUAAUGGUCCAAUAAAGACUAUGGAUUCUGAUUUGGAUAAAUUUAUUAAACAUAAGAUGGCAAAGGUUGAGCAGAAGCGCACAGAUAACUAUGAAUCCAUGGAUACCAUGGAUAUUAGAAAAGAAGAAUGUCAGAAAUAUUUUUGUCGAUCAGAACUGGGUAUGCAUGCCCUUUCCCCAGAUAGGGGUGUUGCCACAAGAAGCAUGGCUAGAUUGAAGAAUGUCAAAAACAACCCAUAAGAAUAUCUCUCAUCAAACUCUUAGUGAUCUGUUUUUCUUCAUCAGAGGCCAUUGAAGACCAAUAUGGAGGGAUGGUAACUAAAGAAAGUGCUUCAACAAGAGUAAUACAGCCAUACCAUCUGGAUGGGAAUGUGAACUUUAGGAAAACCCUGAAAGAUCUGCAAUCAGAAGAUCAAGGAAUAAGCUGAAGAAACAAAAGAUAUGAUAUGUAAGAUGCACAUGUACAAGUACAACCAUGAACUAGAAAAUGAAAUGAACGAGUAUUGACACAUUUGGGUCCUGGAAAGAUUGCUGUAAAUAUUGAAAUGACCUGCAAAAAAGUGAACAGCUUCAAUCUCUUUAAUGAAAGAAAUUACUAUUGAUGCAUUUGAAAGUUUUUUUUU